AUGGAAGUAACCCAUGAAACUCGCUUGGCACCGCCCGGGCCAGUUUUGAGAAAUGGAUGUGGUGGUCUGAGUGCCGGCACCUCAUCAUCUCCUCCGGACACAAAUAUUCCCGGCUAUCAUUACCAACAACCGAACCCCAACAAUGAAAAUUCUAUUUACAAUGAUGUGAUGGCCAUGUUCCAUAAAUGUUUCAGUUAUCAGAAACUACCAAAUUCAGCUUGGACCCUACCACCAGAAUCUACUGCUGGUGGAUUAUUUUCCGAAUAUUAUCAAUUGGAUAGCUUGCAACAGCUGAAAAUCAAGCUAAACGAUGUCAAGAGUAAACUCAAUGACUAUGUCAUUGAGGAAUGGUCACAGCAUACCAGACGCAAGGAUCCUGCUGGCGAGAUACCAUGGCGUUUGAAAUCUGAGAUGAAGGCGGAAUUUGUAACCAUUGCAUGGUGUAAACUAUUUGAGUGUUUAAAUAGAUUUCCCGAGUUGGUGAAAGGGCCACAGGUGAAUUCAUUGCAUUUAUGUGAGGCACCAGGAGCAUUUAUUGCGGCCCUUAAUCAUUAUAUCUAUACCAGAUUUAAGCCAGAUGAGGUUAAAUGGCAGUGGCUGGCCACCACCUUAAAUCCCUAUUACGAAGGUAACCCCGUAAAGAAAAUGAUUAUGGAUGAUCGUUUUAUGUUGUACACGCUGGAUAAUUGGUUAUUUCACAAGGAUUUCACCGGCAACAUUAUUAGCAGUGAAAAUGUCGAACAUAUGAAAGAGGAAUGUAAAAAACGUCUGGGUGAAGUCCAUUUGAUAACAGCCGACGGAUCAAUAGAUUGCAUCGAUGCCCCCGAUUGUCAAGAGGAAAAAGUGGAUCUCUUGCAUUUUGCUGAAAUUGUAACGGCAUUAGAAAUUCUAGCAAAUGGAGGCUCCUUUGUGGUGAAAAUGUUUACCCUCUUCGAAUCGACUUCGCUGUGUAAAUUAUAUUUAUUGAAUUGUGUCUUCCGAGAGGUGCAUGUCUUU